CAGAGAUGUCGUGUUGGAUGGUUACUGGAGAGAGACAAGCGACUCGCAUUCGGGGAUUAUAUUUGAAGACAAUAUUGAGGCAAGACAUUGCCUUCUUGGACACUGAAACAACAACUGGAGAGGUCAUUGGAAGAAUGUCUGGAGAUACUAUUCUCAUUCAAGAUGCCUUGGGAGAUAAGGUUGGGAAGUUCAUUCAAUUUCUCUCGGCAUUCGUUGGAGGCUUCAUAGUCGCCUUCACAAAGGGAUGGCUUCUCUCACUUGUCUUGGUUUCUUGCGUACCUGCCCUUGUCAUUUCUGGAGGAGCCAUGGCAUUAAUAAUGUCCAAAAUGUCAAGUCGCGGACAAAUUGCCUAUGCACAAGCUGGAAAUCUAGUUGAGCAAACUGUCGGAGCAAUCAGAACAGUUGCAGCAUUCAAUGGAGAGAAGCUGGCGAUAAAUAAGUAUGACAACACACUGAAAAUUGCCUAUGCUUUUACUGUCCGACAAGGGCUUGUUUAUGGGGUUGGACUUGGCACAGUCUUACUCGUUCUUUUCUCUACUUAUGGACUUGCCAUUUGGUAUGGUUCUAAGCUGAUAGUAGAGAUCGGUUAUCAUGGUGGAGAUGUCAUCAAUGUUCUCAUGGCUAUAAUGAUUGGUGGAAUGUCUCUAGGCCAAACAACACCAUCUUUGAAUGCAUUUGCAGCAGGACAGGCUGCAGCAUACAAAAUGUUUGAGACAAUCAACAGGAAACCUUUGAUUGACACAUCUGACACGAGCGGGGUUGUGUUAGAAGACAUCAAGGGUGAAAUUGAGCUUAAAGAUGUGUACUUUAGGUAUCCAGCUAGGCCAGAUGUGCAAAUCUUUAGCGGAUUCUCACUUGUCGUUCCUAAUGGCAAAACUGCUGCUUUGGUUGGGCAAAGUGGAAGCGGGAAGUCCACGGUCAUCAGUUUACUGGAGAGAUUUUAUGAUCCUGAAGCUGGAGAAGUAUUCAUAGAUGGUGUCAAUUUGAAGAAAUUUCAACUCAAAUGGCUGAGGCAGCAGAUGGGAUUAGUAAGUCAGGAACCUAUCCUGUUUGCAACAACCAUAAAAGAGAAUAUCAGUUAUGGUAAAGAAAAUGCUACUGAAGACGAGAUUAAGACAGCUAUUGAACUUGCUAAUGCUGCCAAGUUCCUUUACAAACUCCCACAGGGGCUUGACACUAUGGUAGGUGAGCACGGAACACAACUAUCCGGUGGACAAAAACAAAGACUGGCAAUAGCAAGGGCUAUUUUAAAGAACCCAAAAAUACUUCUCCUUGAUGAAGCUACAAGUGCACUUGAUGCUGAAUCGGAAAGAAUCGUGCAAGAAGCACUCGAGAAAGUCAUGGCGAAUAGAACAACCGUGGUUGUUGCUCAUCGUCUAACAACCAUUAGGAAUGCUGAUCUUAUAGCAGUGGUGAAUGCUGGAAAACUACUAGAGCAAGGAACGCAUGCUGAGUUGAUACAAGAUCCAAAUGGGGCAUAUUCUCAGCUUGUGCGAAUGCAGGGAGGGAAUAAGGAAGAAGAGAAAAUGAAAAAUAUGGACUUUGAUAAGGCGGAUCUAACCACGGAUUUGGAUAAUAACCUGAGCAGGUCAUCUAGCCAGCGAUUGUCAGCAGUGAAACGAUCAACAAGCCAUGGAUCAUCUAGACAUUCCUUCACACUGAACUAUCCUGUUCCAGGGCUGAUUGAUAUUCACGAAGCGGAAACAGGAGAUGAGGACAAGAAAAAAGAAGAUAACGAAAGCUUAGAGAAGAAAAAGAAAGUUUCCAUAAGGCGGCUUGCUGAACUAAACAAACCCGAGCUUCCAUAUUUGCUACUUGGAUCUUUGGCUGCGAUCGUACAUGGUCUGAUUUUCCCCAUAUUCGGACUCUUACUCUCGACAGCAAUUAAAAUAUUCUUUUACCCACCACAUAAGCUGCGAAAGGAAUCAAGAUUCUGGGCAACCAUGUAUGUUGGCCUCGGUGUGGUGACUUUGCUAGUUGUACCUUUCCAGAACUACUUAUUCGGAGUUGCAGGGGGGAAAUUGAUCGAGAGAAUUCGUUCUUUGACAUUUACGAAAGUAGUCCACCAAGAAAUCAGCUGGUUUGAUGACCCUGCAAAUUCAAGUGGUGCAGUGGGUGCAAGAUUAUCAACUGAUGCUUCCACAGUCAGGACUCUUAUGGGUGAUGCACUGGCACUUAUUGUACAAAACAUAGCAACUGUAGUAGCCGGCCUUGUGAUAGCCUUCACUGCUAAUUGGAUUUUAGCAAUUAUAAUCCUUCUUGUGUUGCCUUUAAUUGGUGUGCAAGGAUUCCUCCAAACCAAGAUGUACAAAGGCUUUAGUGCUGAUGCCAAGGUAAUGUAUGAAGAAGCUAGCCAAAUAGCAAAUGAUGCUGUUGGGAGUAUAAGAACAGUGGCAUCAUUCUGUGCGGAGGAGAAAGUGAUGGACAUGUACCAAAAGAAAUGUGAAGGUCCAAUGAAGCAAGGAGUAAAGAUAGGAAUUGUUAGUGGAGCUAGCUUAGGUUUUGGUUCUUUUAUACUGUAUUGCACAAACGCCUUCUGUUUCUACAUAGGAUCUGUCCUUAUUCAUCAUGGAUUAGCAACAUUUGGCCAAGUUUUUAAGGUUUUCUUUGCAUUGACUCUAUCAGCUGUUGGAGUUACUCAAAGCACUGGAAUGGCCCCAGAUGCUAACAAAGCCAAGGAUUCUAUAGCCUCUAUAUUUGACAUUCUUGAUAGAAAACCCAAGAUUGACUCAAGUUCUGAUGUUGGCACUACUCUAGCUGCUGUUCGCGGAGAUAUUGAGUUCAAACAUGUGAGUUACAGGUAUGCAACUCGCCCCGAUGUCCAGAUCUUCAAGGAUUUAUGCCUAACUAUCCCUUCUGGAAAGACUGUUGCUUUGGUGGGAGAGAGUGGAAGUGGGAAAUCAACUGUCAUUAGCCUAAUAGAGAGGUUCUAUAAUCCUGAAUCAGGAGAGAUAUAUUUGGAUGGUGUGGAAAUCAGACAAUUCAAGCUAAGUUGGCUAAGGCAACAAAUGGGCCUGGUUAGUCAAGAACCAAUACUGUUUAAUGAAACUAUUCGUGACAACAUUGCCUACAGCAGACAAGGGAAUGCAACAGAAGAAGAGAUCAUUCAAGCAGCAAAAUCAGCAAACGCACACAACUUUAUAGCCUCAUUGCCUCAAGGAUAUGAUACAUCGGUUGGCGAAAGAGGGAUACAAUUAUCAGGUGGACAAAAGCAAAGAAUUGCUAUUGCAAGAGCAAUAUUGAAGGAUCCAAAGGUACUUUUGCUAGACGAGGCAACAAGUGCGUUAGAUGCAGAAUCAGAACGUAUAGUUCAAGAAGCAUUGGAUCAAGUAAUGGUAAACAGGACAACCGUGGUAGUAGCUCAUCGCUUAACCACAAUCAAAGGGGCUGAUGUCAUUGCUGUUGUGAAGAAUGGAGUUAUUGCCGAGAAAGGAAGACAUGAUGCUCUUAUGAACAUCAACGAUGGAGUUUAUGCAUCUUUAGUAGCACUGCAUAUGACUUCAGCCUGAAUACUGAAACUAGAUUAUUUCUUCAUCUUGUGACCAAUAAUUAGAUAAGUUCUAAUUUUGUCUAUCUCUUUUCCUUACUAAUAUACGUUUCUCCCUUCCUCUUUUUUUCAUUUUUGCUUAUGCAGCAGAAUUGUAUAGUAUAUUGGGGUGAUAUGAUUUGUAUUAGGAAAUAUUGCGAAUGAACAAUCCUACUUUUCUAGAUA